GGCAGUAGGAUUCUGUGGGAUCUGGCUUUUGUGCCCAGCCCCUUCCACAUCCAACUGUGGAGCUCUGAUGGAUGAGAGGCAGCUGAGAAAAGAUGGAUUUGGAGGAUUGAUUUAAUGAUGUAAUUGACUAGGAAGCAUCUCCUGCCAAGCUGGCUGGGACUGGGAAUGUUCUCCUGAACCAACUGAGCUUCAUCCCAACUGCAGCUUGCAAAUGCUCCUGGCACAGCAAAGCCUGUGACCGUCCUUGGAUUCUCCGCCUUAGUGCUCCCGAGAAAUUGUGGAUGACGGAGUCAUGGGGAUGUCAAAAGCCAUUGGGAUGAAGAGCAGCAGCAGGAAGCGAAAGAAUGAGUUGGAAAAGGGGCAGGACAAGCCAAAGGCUCUCCCAGCGAAGAAGAAGAAGCUGGAACGCGCAGUGAAGCCUUCCAUGGUAAAAGGGAAGAAGAAGAAGCCACCAAAAGUCAAGGAAAAGCCCCUGCAGGAGAACAUCAUCAGCAGCUCCCUGAAGCAGGAGGCAGCAGAUGGGAAAGGCCUUGGCUCGAGCCUCUGGAAUGGGAUCCAAGCGGAGGAGGGAGCUGCAGCCGGGUUGGAGGAGACCAAAGCAAACUCCCCUCAAGUGCCACUAGUGGGGCUGGAAGGCUCUUCCAGGUCCCAGGACGAAUCCCGGAAUACGGGACCUGCAGUGGGAGAGCAGCUCCUGGAGACCCAGAACGGAAUUGGGGUCCCAAGUGAAGGUGUGGCUGGUGGGGUUGCAUCCCCCUCUGGAGAUCCUUUGGAGAGGGAUGUGGGGCUCACAGCUGUGGGGGAGAGUGAGGAGAAGGAGCUGGAUCCCCCUAUCCCACAGCAGGAAGAGCAUUCCCAAGCCCUGAAAAGAAAAAGAGGGAAGAAACAAGAGGAAUGUAAUCAGGGAAAGGGAAGGAAGAAACAAGAGGAGAGUAAGCAGGGAAAGGGAAGGAAGGAAAAGGAGGAAAAUGAGCAGGGACAGGGAUUGAGGAGAAAUAGAGGGAAGGAAAAGGAGGAAAAUGAUCAGGGACAGGGAUUGAGGGGAAAUAGAGGGAAGGAAAAGGAGGAAAAUGAGCAGGGACAGGGAUUGAGGGGAAAUAGAGGGAAGGAAAAGGAGGAAAAUGAGCAGGGACAGGGAUUGAGGGGAAAUAGAGGGAAGGAAAAGGAGGAAAAUGAGCAGGGACAGGGAUUAAAGAGAAAAAGAGGGAAGAAAAAGGAGGAAAAUGAUCAGGGACAGGGAUUGAGGAGAAAUAGAGGGAAGGAGAAGGAGGAAAAUGAUCAGGGACAGGGAUUGAGGAGAAACAGAGGGAAGGAAAAGGAGGAAAAUGAGCAGGGACAGGGAUUGAGGGGAAAUAGAGGGAAGGAAAAGGAGGAAAAUGAGCAGGGACAGGGAUUAAAGAGAAAAAGAGGGAAGAAAAAGGAGGAAAAUGAGCAGGGACAGGGAUUGAGGAGAAAAAGAGGGAAGGAAAAGGAGGAAAAUGAGCAGGGACAGGGAUUAAAGAGUAAAAGAGGGAAGGAAAAGGAGGAAAAUGAGCAGGGACAGGGAUUGAGGAGAAACAGAGGGAAGGAAAAGGAGGAAAAUGAGCAGGGACAGGGAUUGAGGAGAAACAGAGGGCAGGAAAAGGAGGAAAAUGAGCAGGGACAGGGAUUAAAGAGAAAAAGAGGGAAGAAAAAGGAGGAAAAUGAUCAGGGACAGGGAUUGAGGGGAAAUAGAGGGAAGGAAAAGGAGGAAAAUGAGCAGGGACAGGGAUUGAGGAGAAAAAGAGGGAGGAAAGAUAAAUUCGAGGAUUUGAUGGAUGGCAUUGAGAAAGAGGGGGAUGAGGGCAGGAAUUGGGAAGGGGAACAGGGAAGAGCCAAAAGACCGAGAAGCAACAGCAGGCAGGGAUGGGAUGAUGGGGGAAAAAAGCAGGAGAAGGGGAAAGCAAAGAAGCCCAGGAAGAGGAAAGUGAAGGGUUUGGAAAAGGUGGGGAAGAGGAAAAUAAAGAAGGAAAAAUUGCUGGGAGAGGAGCUGGAGAUGGGGAAAGAUGAGGAGGGAGAGAAAGGAGUGGGAAGUGAAGAGGAGAGGGUGGGAAAGGGAAGUGGAUAUGGAAAAGGGAUAAAGGAGGAGGAAGGAUUGGGAGAGACUGGGAGUGCAGGGGAGGGGCAGGAGGUGAAGAAGGAGGGGGAUGAAAGGAAGGAAGAUGUUCCAGGGAAAGAGAAGCGGAAAAACAAGGAAAAGCCAGAGGUGGAAAAAAAAGAGACAGAGAAGAAUAAUGAAGAAGAAGAAACCCCAGGGAAAAGUGGGGAAGCAAAAUCUAAAGAAGGAGAGGAGAAGAAAAAGGAAGAAAAGUGUAAUAAAAAGACUAAAAAACCGAAGAAGGAAGAAAAGCACAAUAAAAAGACUGAGAAACAGAAGGAGGAAGAAAAAGAGGCAGAAAACAAAUGGAAAUGGUGGGAGGAGGAGAAGAAGGAGGAUGGAGUCAAAUGGAUGCAGCUGGAGCACCGGGGGCCCUACUUUGCGCCCCUCUACGAGCCCCUGCCCGAGGACGUGCGGUUUUAUUACGAUGGAAAACCCUUGAAGCUGAGCCUGGCCACGGAGGAAAUUGCCACGUUUUAUGCCAAAAUGUUGGAUCAUGAGUACACCACCAAGGAGCUCUUCCAGAACAAUUUUUUCCACGACUGGAGGAAGGAAAUGAGCUCAGAGGAGCAAGAGAUAAUCAAGGACCUGGACAAAUGUGACUUCAGGGAGAUCCACAAAUAUUUUGUGGACAAAAACGAGGCCCGGAAAGCGCUUUCCAAGGAGGAGAAGCAGAAGCUGAAGGAGGAGGCGGAUAAGAUCCAGGAGGAAUAUGGAUACUGCAUCCUGGACGGGCACCGGGAGAAGAUUGGCAACUUCAAAACUGAACCUCCGGGGCUCUUCCGUGGCCGUGGGGAGCACCCCAAAAUGGGGAUGCUGAAGAGGAGGAUCAUGCCAGAAGAUGUCACCAUCAACUGCAGCAGGGAUUCCAAGAUUCCCGAGCCCCCAGAAGGUCACAAGUGGAAGGAGGUGCGCUGUGACAACACGGUCACCUGGCUGGCCUCAUGGACAGAGAACAUCCAGAACACCUUGAAGUACAUCAUGCUGAAUCCCAGCUCCAAGCUGAAGGGGGAGAAGGACUGGCAGAAAUACGAGGUGGCUCGGCGCCUAAAGGGUGUUGUCCACACGAUCCGGGCUCAGUACAGAAAAGACUGGAAAUCCAAGGAGAUGAAGAAGCGGCAAAGAGCGGUGGCCCUCUACUUCAUUGAUAAGCUGGCCCUGCGAGCUGGGAACGAGAAGGAGGAAGGGGAGACUGCGGACACGGUCGGCUGCUGCUCCCUGCGCGUGGAGCACAUCCAGCUGCACCCCCAGCUGGACGGGCAGGAGCACGUGGUGGAGUUCGACUUCCUCGGGAAAGACUCCAUCCGUUACUACAACAAAGUGUCCGUGGAGAAGCCGGUGUUCAAGAACCUGAAGCUGUUCAUGAAGAACAAGGACCCCAGCGAUGACCUCUUUGACCAGCUCACGACAACCUUCCUGAACAAACACCUCCAGCACCUCAUGGAUGGUUUGACGGCCAAAGUCUUCAGGACCUACAACGCUUCCAUCACCCUGCAGGAGCAGCUCAAGGCCCUCACCAACCCUGAAGACAACGUUGCGGGAAAGCUCCUGUCCUACAACCGAGCCAACCGAGCCGUGGCCAUCCUGUGCAAUCACCAGAGGUCUGUUCCAAAGACCUUUGCCAGGUCCAUGGAAGUCCUCCAGGAAAAGAUCGACGCCAAGAAAAAACAAGUGGAGGAAGCCCAGGAAGAAGUGAAAAAAGCUGAAGAUGAGUUUAAAGAAACAAAAGAUGCCAAAGCAGAAGCCAAUGUGGGGAAGAAGAAGCAGCUGUUGAAGAGGCUGGAGGAGCAGCUGGCCAAGCUGAACGUCCAGGCCACGGACAAGGAGGAGAACAAGCAAAUAGCUCUGGGCACAUCCAAGCUGAAUUACCUGGAUCCCAGGAUUAGCGUGGCUUGGUGCAAGAAAUUCGGGAUUCCCAUCGAGAAGAUCUACAACAAGACCCAGAGGGAGAAGUUUGCCUGGGCCAUCGACAUGGCUGGCGAGGACUUUGAAUUCUGAGCCGGUGCCUUCCACGUUAAACCCCAAAUCCUGCUCAUUUGGUGCUGUUGGGAAAAGCUUUUUUUCUCUUUAAUUUGCUGCUGCUGCGGGCUGUGUGAGUUCAGUGCCUUUUUUUUUUUUGUGUGGGAAAGCAAACACCUGGAUUUCCAGUUGAAACAGGUAUUGCUGUUUGGGAUUUGGGACUUUAGGAACUCUUAAUUCCUCUUCUGAGUCCCCAGGUACUUGGGAUUUUUUUUUUUUUUUUUUUUUUUUCUUCCUUCUUCUGGAGUCUUGGAAGGAGAUUAAAUAAGAGCCUUAAUUGUGCUGAUCAACACGAUCAGGUCUAAUCCUGUCUCCUUGGGGUAGAGGAGCUGUGCUGCCCUUUGCAGACUGAACGGGAUGGAUGGGGAAACACAAGGUGAUGACAGCAGGAAAACAAGGAACUGUGAUAGGAAAUUGGGUUAGGGGUGCCCUGGGGGGACAGGAAAAAUCUCAGGAUUUUACAUUUCAGGGGACUUCGUGCACUUUCACCUCCAGGAGAGGAGAAAGUUGUGCAAUUGCAGGGAUAUUAAAUGGAAAAAAAAAAAAAGUGGGAAGGAACUUGUCAUGCCAGGAGAAGGCAGAAGGGAAGAUGUUGGACUCAAAAUCAGUUUCACAUUGUGGGGGGUUAAAAUUAACAUUGCCCUCUCCCAGACAAAAAUGUAACCACAUGGGGAUGCUUAAAAUACACUUUUUUCAUGGCCAUCUCACUUGAGGCCAUGUUUAUUUCUUUAUUUUCUUCACUUGGCUCCGGCUCAGCUCCUGUAUCCAAGCAGGAGCUGAACUGUCCAGAGGUUUAGGAAAUGGGGAAUUUCCUAGGAGCUAGGAUAAUGCUGGCCCAGGCUCUGUGGGAUUUGUGAUGGGGAGUGAGACCAACAUUCCUGGAGCUGCUCCUGUGUUGGGACGACACCUUUGGCAUCAUCCUUCCCACUCCAGCUGGGAAUGGAGCAGGCAGGGUUCAACAUCAUGAACUGGUUGCAUUUGCUGCUCAACUGGCUGCUUCCCACAUCCCCAAAAAAGGCAGCAUCAACACAUUCCUGACAGAAUUCCCACAUCCCAGUGAGUCCCAGGUGUGAGCAAACUGUUGCACUGGCAGCAAAACCUUCUGGCACCUCAGGGCUGAUGUCCAGGGCUCUGUAUUCCAAAGCUCCUGGUGCUUCCCGUGUGUUUAUUUCCACUCAUUCUUGUGUUGAAAUUGUUGCUGUUUUGGUUGGAAAUGGAGGUCUUG